AUGAACUCCAAACUUCAAAGCUUCACCUCCCAUCUUACACUACCUUACGUCUCACGGCCUACGUUUCUCCCUCGCUCUCUCUUCCCUCCUCACGCACCUCCUCUCAGCUCCCAGACCUCGGCCUCCCAUCUCACGCACCUCAUCUGCUUCGCCUACUGCACCGUCCGCCCACAAGUCCGUCCGUCCGCAUCCGCGUCCAGUCCGCACCACGACCCUCUCGCGAGCUAUUCUGCCGACCUGGACCCCAACUACAAUCCGAAUUCCAAUUCCCAUCUUAUUCCAGCCAACCAACAAGUGCCCACCCCGCCGCACCAGACAUCCUCAACCGCAGUUCCGACCCAAGCCCCCGCGGCUUCCCGCCCCUCCUCUUCUGACGAUUCUACAACUUCGAGCCACUACCAAGCGACCGUCGUCCAACUCUCCUCGACUGUCUCCGAAGCGAUAGCAUCUCCCUCGGCGCCCCGUCAGGUCUUGGGCCGUAGACGAAGAGCUUCCGACGCGGACCGGGGAGACUCUCCUACCUCGUCCGCGGCUGCCAGUCCAAUCGGCUUACAUCGUUCAAAACGCAGAAGAGGAGACUCCACCAUGAUCUCAGACGGCGAUGGAGCUGCCUCAAAUGGAACGUCGAGGACGUACUCCAACGGCGCAACGACGGAAGCCCCACUGACUGCCUCCGCGACAAAUGGUGCCCGCAAAGCCGCUGCCCUGAACGGGUCAUCCCGUUCUGACAAGGAAGCUCAGACAUCCGUUCCCUCAACCUACUAUGGACAUGAUCGCGAGGAGGUCACCCGCAUACUCAUACAGGCUCUGUCCGACAUGGGAUACCAGGGUGCUGCCGAGAGCGUGAGCAAAGACAGCGGCUACGAGCUAGAGAGCCCGACGGUCGCCGCCUUUAGGAGCGCAGUCGUUAGCGGCGAGUGGGGUGAAGCCGAAGAGCUGCUUUUCGGAGCCGUCAUGUCCGAAGAUCGAAGCCAACCCGGGAAUGGUCUCGUCUUAGCCCCUGGCUCUGACCGGAAUGUCAUGCGAUUUUGGCUGCGGCAACAAAAGUUUCUCGAGUUGUUGGAGCAGCGAGAUACCUCCCGGGCCCUGAUGGUGCUGCGAACCGAACUGACGCCGCUAUACCAAGAUACUCAAAAGCUCCAUUUCCUCUCCAGUCUUCUCAUGUGCCAGUCAACAGAAGACUUGAAGGCCAAAGCCGAAUGGGAUGGUGCUCACGGCCAGUCGAGAAAGGUCCUGCUGUCUGAACUGUCCAAAUGCAUCUCGCCCUCGGUCAUGCUGCCAGAGAAUCGUCUUGCCGUUCUUCUACAGCAGGUGAAGCAGAGCCAAAUAGACAGCUGCCUCUGGCAUACAACCGCAUCAUCUCCUUCAUUAUACUCGGAUCACUAUUGUGAACGGAGUCACUUCCCUACUGACGUCGCGUUGGAGCUCACAGACUUGACUGGCGAAGUCUGGCAAGUUUUGUUCUCUCACGACGGCCAGCGACUGGCUGCUUGCGGAAGUGGCGAAGCUGUCGUCAUCUGGGACUUGCCUUCUUUCUCAGUCUCUCAAAUCUUGCGCCCGCAUGCUCAGGGUGUCGGUGGUCUGUCCUGGAGCCCUGAUGACUCCAUGAUCGUCACAUGCUCACAGGACAAGUAUGCCAGGCUGUGGGACACCACGACUGGAGAGCUAGUUAUGAAGCUCGAGCGAUUUGAGGAGCCUGCGAGUGGCUGUGUGUGGGCGGCGGACAGCAAGACCUUUGUUACCGGAUCUCUAGACAAGCAACACGGCUUACGUACGUGGAGUAUCUCUGGCGAAAUGAUGUGCGAAUGGGGCAAAAAGCAUAGAGUUCAGGACAUCUGUGGUUCUCCGGACGGUCACUGGCUCGUGGCUGUCGACGACGAACAGAAGAUCCACGUCUACAACGCCUUCACACGCGAGCUAGAGUACGAAAUGGAGGUCAAGUCGCGACCGACAUGCGUGAGUAUUAGCGAAGACUCACAGCAUUUGCUCCUUAACAAAAAGGAUGGCGAGCUGCAACUGAUAGAUCUGGUAAACCGAACGUCGGUCCAGAAGUUCUUGGGUCACACUGGGGGCGACUUCAUAAUUCGGAGUGCCUUUGGCGGCGCGAACGAGAGCUUCGUUGUAAGCGGCAGUGAAGAUGGAAACAUCCUCAUCUGGCACAAGAUUAGCGGCGCUGCAGUGGAGAGACUCGAAGGGCAUCAGCCUCGGACUAACGCUGUCGCCUGGAACCCCGCAGACCCUUGUAUGCUGGCUUCAUGUGGCGACGAUGGCAAGGUCAAAAUUUCGAAUGGCUGGAGAGAUGAAGAGCGUGCCGAGGAAUAG